AUGGAUAUAUCAUACCCUGUCAUCAAUGCUGGAGGUCUCAAGAAUAUCGCCAGCCAGAUCAUCAUGGAAAUCGAACUCGACAAGCGUGAGAAUCGUCCGACGGACAAUGUCCCGCCGGAUGACAUUGGGAAAAUCGAGGUCGUCGACGAUGCCGAGAUGGAGCAGUUCUACGGCUCGUCUACCACUGAUGCCUACCGUCUCAAGUCAGAGCUCGUUUCGCAAUGCAUGGCAGACAUUGGGAUGGGGCGAUUCCAGUGGAAACUGUUCACCGUCGCCGGCUUUGGCUGGAUCGUCGAUAAUUUCUGUUCACAGGGGAUAUCGGCUGUCCAGCCACCAAUCCAGCAGGAGUUCAGCGGCAUCAAGCAGGUGAGCUACAGCUCGGUGGCGUAUUAUGUGGGAAUGAUCAUCGGUGCCUCAUUCUGGGGCAUUUCCUCCGACUUGAUCGGCCGCAAGCCUGCCUUCAACUCGACGUUAGCAAUCGCGGGCAUUUUCCUAUGUGCCGCCGCGGGGACGUCGAACUUCAUCGCCUUUAGUGCUCUCUGGGCAGUAAUAGGAACGGCUGCAGGUGGUAAUGUGGUUUGCGACUCGAUGAUUCUCCUCGAAUUCAUCCCCGGGAGCCACCAGUACCUCCUGACCGCGCUCAGUGGAUGGUGGAAUCUCGGACAGCUUGUAGUGUCACUGCUUGCAUGGGUAUUCCUCGCCAACUUCAGCUGCCCAACGGAUGCGACGCCAGACACCUGUUCGCGUGCCGACAAUAUGGGCUGGCGAUAUACCCUCAUCACCCUCGGCGGGCUUUCCCUUGCCUUCACCUUCGUCCGCAUCUUCGUCUUCAAGAUGCCUGAAACGCCCCGGUACCUGCUCUCGCAAGGAAAUGACCAGGCUGCGGUAGACGCAGUGAACUAUGUCGCCCGUCAGAACGGAAAGCCAGAGCCGCUAACGCUGUCGAUGUUGCAGGCUAUCGACGUUCGGCUGGGUUUCACCCCAAACGCAGAGGAAAGAUUGUCGACGAAGGAUAUCCUCAAAGAGAACAUGCAGGAGUUUCGAGGAGAACAUUACCAAGCUCUCUUCGCGACACGAAAGCUUUCCCAGCAUACGGCAUUGAUCUGGGCUGUCUGGUUGAUCAUUGGCAUCGCAUACCCGCUGUAUUUCAACUUUCUCCCUUCUUAUCUUGCCACCAGAUUCACGCAAGAUUCCUCGCUCGACCUGACCUACCGCAACUACUGCAUCCAGUCAGCCGUCGGGGUCGUUGGUCCGUUAUCUGCAGCGGUCCUCGUGAAUACCUUCCUCGGCCGGCGCUGGAUGAUGGGCAUUUCCUCGAUCGUAACUGGUGUCUUUCUCUUCGCGUACGUCGGCGUCAAGACUCCAAUGUCGAGUCUCGCGUUUUCGUGUGUCACAGGGUUGUUAGCGAAUUUUGCUAAUCAGUUGUCAGAGUACGCCAUAAUGUAUGCCUUCACGCCGGAGUCCUUUCCUGCUCCUCAUCGCGGCACAGCAUCAGGGACAGCGGCAUCGCUACUUCGAUUCGGCGGGCUGGUCGCGAGCUUGAUUGCGUCGGAGACGGGGUUCACGACAGCACCUAUCUAUGCUAGUGCGGCGCUUUGGGUCGGCGUCGGGGUUCUAUGCUUUGGAUUGCCGUUUGAGACUCAUGGGCAUGCUGCUAUCUAG